AUGCCGCCACAGAACCCUGGCCGGCGUAUGCCGUCCAAAGAUUCCCUAUCUCAACCCGCAGAUGCAUCGCAUUCGGGUAUUGCCUAUGUGUCUCGAUACCAAAGGUCUCCUAUUGCCAGACCUCUCAACCACACUCCAAGAAGCAGCAGGGCGUCAUCGCUCUCGGAUGCUGAAGGAACGGGCCAUGCGCCGGGGGUAACAGCGAAGCAAACCACCGCUCGCACAAAUCGUCAAUCUAUGCUGCCGCGUCCGAGCACCGGUGGCUCAACAUCUGCCGCCUCGCCGGUGGCAUCCACCCCGCCUCAGCACCCUCUCCAAUGCAACCCCGUGUCUUUCUCGACUCCCGAGGUUAACAACCCGUCUGCAUUCGUGGCCGCCUCCCAAACCCCUGCCAAACGACCACGCAAUGUUCUUCGCAGGAAGGCACCUACAAUUGGAAGGCAUGCGGAACAAACUCAGUCUCAGAGCCUGAGUCUGGUCAUCCCCCCGGCUCCUCAGUCGAAUGUAACGAAUGAUCUUGAAAUACCUACAUUCCCGGAACCACCCCAAUCCGGUUCUUCAACUUUGUCUUAUGGAACAGGCGUGAAAGCCGAGCCUAAUUCAGUGGAAAAUGCAAAGAGUCAAGGCCCGGCAGAGCUCGCAAGCCUUAGGACUACUAUCGACACCCAGAACCUGCCUCCCCCGCCUACUCCCUUCUUUCCGUCUGCAAGCACUCCCUCGACCCGAUACUCGGAGUCGCCGGGGAUCUGGAGUCGAGGGUCAACACCGACAUCACUUUCUUCGUAUUCUCCGGGUAUCGUGCAUUCGGCAAAGGUCGGGCGUCUCAGACAACCCAGCCCCUCCCAAACACGGCUGCCGGUGUUUUCGCCAGCACUUCAUGCAAGUCCACAGAGUGAUCGAGCAGAGCCGAGGAAGCAUCAAAGAGCGACGUCGGGCAAAUCCUCGGGGUCGAGCACAGUAGCCAGUGCGGGCGAGCAGCGACAAGCGAAUCCCAAGACUAGUUCGACGAUUCCUCGCGGUCCUCCCUGCAGUCCUCCGCCGCGGAAAUCAUCCAUCAACUUUAGUCCGUUGAGGAAGUUGGAGAUUGAUGUUGAAAAAGCACGCAAAGAGGUGGAGGAGGCUGAGAGGAGUUUCUACGAGUCGCAGCGGGUAAUUACUGCUCUUCCUGAUACGACGAGUCCUCGCACCCCGCCACGCCCGAGCAGAGAUGGGACCCAUCGUUUGGAGCAGCAGACCUCCCCGGUCGUGCAAAGCAAUCUGCCAUAUCUCAAGUCCACAGGCCACACCAGACGCGAGUCCGCAGAAAGGCUCUCGACAACCGACCACUCGCAUCCGGCACCCAACCAGUCUGCCGCUGCAUCCACCGACUCAUUACGCUCUAAACAGGUGUCUCGAAUUCCCCCGAGAGAGGCCAGGUCUCCCGUAGCAUCACGGAAAUCGCCACGAACACUUAUUAAAGAGAAACCCGACCCGAAAAAGCAAACGACCCCAAAGCGAUUUGGUCUCUUUCCCAAGAAAUCCAAGCCGGACAUGGACAACAGCUCUGCCGACCACGCUCGACCAGCUCGCAAGGGACCAGCGGCGGGAACCGGCCACGAGGGCUACGGGAAAUACUCCCAGCGCGGCCGGAAGACAAGCGCGAGCAGCAGCAGCGGGACCAGAACCCGAUCCACCAGCACCACUGCCCGGUCUGUGUCCAGUAGCAAAGGGAGCAUGUCGAGUCGGCCGGAGCUCGAUAUCGACGAAUUUUUGAUGAGCCGGCUGGAACCGGUUAUCAUCAACGGCGGGGGCUUGGAUGGAACCACGUUGUCGCGGACGCAAAGCGAACAGAGUGCGAGCAGCAUCAGCGUUGCAUCGACUACAAACCUGCCUCGGCCUCCUCUCUUCGCAUCGUCCACCGGCCAAUCUACCGACUCCUUGGCGACUUCCACUGGGACACUUGGAGAGACUGACACGCCGAGUGACUCGGGAACUAGUUUCGGACCGACUCGAAGCAAGAGCCCCGAGCGAAAGCCACCAGCUGCAGCUCGUUCUCAGCAAAAGUCCCGUAUGCCUGUUCCCAAGAGCAAGAAGCAUGGCAUAUUCGCAAAUCUCGAGGCCGCUACCACCCGCACCUCUCUUUCCAAGCGUGACUCUAAGUCUGUGGCUUCAAGCCAGCCGAAGACCGCCAUCAAACCGUCUUUUGAGCGCCUCGAGCAGCCCACAGAACAGAAGGAAUAUCAUCAAGAAAAGAAAGGAAAAUCGUCCAGGUGGAAUUUCUUCCAAAGAAAUCGUGUUGCAAACGAGCAGAAGCAGAAGAACUCCGCUCCAGCUGCGCCUGCUUUCCAGACUGCGCAACUGCACGCCGCGAUUUCGCCAGUCAUCAACAGCCGGCCUAUUGCUCACUACGCGCUUGUGGAUACAGACACAGACUCGCUUGACGACAUUAUCAACAAGGUUGAGCAGUCACCACCAACAGAAGACGAAGAGUCCCCCGCGCCAGUGGAGGUGCCUGCGGGCUUGAAUAUCAGGAAGAGACAUGAGUCGGUUUUGCUCCCAUCUCUCCCGAAACUGCAAGGGGAAUUCGAAACGAAUGAGCGUCCAUCGCCAAAGACUGCGCUGUUCAACACCAACUUAAUGGGCGCAGAGCCCGAAAAGUGCCCUGAGAACACUCGACCAAGACGACUGGCUUCGGUAGGUCGGAUCCCGCAGGUGGUUUCAAGACGCGAUAGACAGCAUAGACCCGCGAUGCACUCUUUCUCAAGGCCGUUCAGCGUUGCCGAAUCACCUUCCCUCCUGGCUGCCGUAAUGGAUGGCUCAUAUGAAUCUUCCCAGCCCAACAAAACUUCCUCGAACACCCACACGGAUUGGCGUUACGGUAUCAACCAGGCUUUCAGUGCCCUCGAGCAAGUAAGCGCCUUGGACUUUUUGGCUGGACCAUACUCAAACAACGAAUUCCUUCACUUCUCGCCGAACAAGGGCUCGCCUUCGUCAAGCAGCUCUGGCGCAUUGGCUGCCGUGACCGCCGUGAUCCCAGAACCGGGGGCCGCGCCAAUGGAGGACGAGGUGUGGAAUGAGUACAACGAUCUGCUUGAUCAUGUGCUUUCACCGGAGGAGCCAGAAGCAGAAACCAAGGACUCAGGUAAACAAGUGGACGAUCGGUUUGAAAUGGCGACGAUGGCGAGCAGGGCUCUCCAGGAUGAGCUGGACAACAUCGGCCCUCUUCGAAAGAUGUCUACCACACCUACUAGGGCAUCUGCGCGGUCUAGUGACAGCUCCGUUCGACUUCGCCGGUCCCGAAUUAUUUCCGCUCUGCACUCGUCCAUUGACCCGUCACCCCAGCCCUCUUACAGCGACCUCAUUGCCGGUUACGGUGACUCGAGGGAAGAUGGCUUGGCCACAACGACAAAUACCGAGCAUCCUCCGUCAACAGACCAGCUCAACCAACAGCAGUCCACCUUUCUUCACUCACUUGCUACUGUCCCUCCACCAAAGCGAGAGAAUUCCGGAGGAAAGAAGCCGCUUGCUAGCUCCUCCGAGCGUGAUUGGGAUGCCGUGACCCGAACGAACAUGCGCUCCGCCUCGCUGAUGACCAGUCGCUGGCUGUCAUUUGGUCGGGUCUUAUUUAGCCCGGCGCACAACCACGUUAAAGCCGGGACGCAGGGACGCAUCCUGGUAGUCGACGGGCUUGGUAAUGACGACUGGUCCUUUUACUGUUCCUUGACCUACCCCGAUGCAGAAGUGUACAGCCUGGGAGGCCGUCCUGCGUCAAGCGUGCUUCCCCAUCCGGCAGCGUGGCAGCCUCCUACCAACCACCACACCUUUUACCACACGGGGCUUGAGAAGCCACUUCCCUUCCCCAAGGACUACUUCACUGUGGCGGUGCUGCGGUUCCCGGCUGCUUGCUCGGAGAUGGCGCAGAGCAACAUCGUCCAGGAAUGCAAGCGCGUGCUGCGCUCCGGUGGCUACUUAGAGAUGAGCCUGCUUGAUCGCGACAUGGUGAACAUGGGCGCGCGCAGCCGCAAAGCCGUCCGACGCCUCAAGGAGAUGACCUGCCUCGCAGACUCCAGAAUCAGCCUCAAGCCUACCAGCGACAGCAUCCAGCGCCUGAUCGGCGGACACGGCUUCGAUAACCUGCGCCGGUGCAUGGUGCGCAUCCCCGUGGCCGGCAUGGUCGUCCGCUCUUCGGACUCGACGACCUCAUCAUCCAGCCGCUCUCUCACCGCCACCACUACUCCCAACCCCAACGCGCCGUCCACUGCGUUCUCACUCCCAACCAUCUCUGUCACAUCCGCGUGUGCCAGCCACAGCUCCAAAUCCCCCUCCGACGACCCCAACGUCUCUCUCGGUGACCUGCUCUCUGACCCGUCCCCAUCACCAGCCAACGACGAAUCCAUCGCCAAGAUUGUUGCGCGUGUCGGCCGCUGGUGGUACACCAAGUGCCACGAGGACCCUGUUCUUCCGCACCGCAGCGCAGACGCUGAUUCCAGUAUGUGGAACGACCGCAAGCUUCUGCGCGAGUGCCAGAAGCGCGGGACGGGGUUCCGCAUGUUGAUUGCGUAUGCGCAGAAGCCUAGCGAAGUUAAACGCCGCACGGCGAGCGUCUAG